AUGAUUCCUGAGGACUUGGCAAUGGGCGUUUUACUCUCCUUCCAGAAGGGACUGGGAAUACGAGGCAAUUGGUCACUUCUCUUUCAUUUUGUCUUCUCUGUAUUCACUGGAAAAUUUUUGAAACCCAAAGACAUGAUUGUGAAACACUUGACUUUUGCCAACUCCUUGGCUAUUAUCACAAAAGGAAUCCCUCAGACAAUGACAGCAUUUGAUUUGAAAUAUUUCCUGCAUGACAUUGGGUGCAAACUUGUUCUCUACCUUUAUACAGCAGGCCAGGGGAUUUCCCUGCACAUCAAGCACCUCCUGAGCUGCUUCCAAGCAAUCACAAUCAGCUCCAACAACACCAGGUGGAUGAAGAUGAACAGAGCCAACAAGUACAUUGGUCCCUCCUGUUCACUCAGCUGGCUUGUACAUCUGCUUCUAAACGUCAUGAUUACCAUGAGAGUGACUGCCCCUAACAGGAGCAGAAAUGUCACUGAGAGGUUGGAUUUUGGCUAUUGGUUGGGAUUUGUUUCUGGCACAAUGGCAACUCCUUUGUAUGUGUUAAUGCUCUGCCUCACUGAUGAUUUGUGCCUGGGCCUCAUGGUCUCGGCCAGUGGCUCCAUGGUCAGCAUCCCCUACAGGCUCAAGAGUCAAGUACAGCACAUUCACAAAUGCCCACCACUCCCCUAA